UCACUUUAGCAAGGGAAAAUUGAAAAAAGAAGAAAAAACGUAGUCCCUUAAACCAAGGAGAGGGACAUUUCAAUUUCAAACGGAGAGGGAGAGAGAGAGAGUCUCUCAAAAUUCUUUAGAUAAAAACAACUGUCCAUAAUAAUAAUCAUUAUUAAUAUUAGCAUUUAAAACAAAUAACAGAUCGUAGUAUUAAAGAAAGAUUUAAGUCUAGGGUUUUAACUGUGCAGAGAAGAAGUCUCUGGAAGAACAACAUUUGAAUACUGGUUAUUGUUAUAUAUAUAUAUAUAUAUAUAUAGAGAGAGAGAGAGAGAGAGAGAGACGAGAAAGACAGUGAGAGAGAGAUAGAAACGAGAGAGAGAGAGAGAGAGAUGGGGAGGCCAAGGUGUUUCUUGGACAUAAGCAUAGGAGGAGAACUAGAAGGUAGGAUUGUGAUUGAGCUAUACAACGACGUCGUUCCUAAAACUGCUGAAAAUUUUAGAGCUCUUUGUACUGGCGAGAAAGGCAUUGGUCCUAAUACUGGCGUCCCUCUCCAUUACAAGGGAUGUCCAUUUCAUCGUAUUAUCAAAGGUUUCAUGGUGCAAGGUGGGGACAUAUCUGCGGGAGAUGGUACUGGGGGCGAAUCUAUUUACGGAUUGAAAUUUGAGGAUGAGAAUUUCGAGCUGAAACAUGAAAGAAAAGGCAUGUUAUCCAUGGCCAACGCUGGUCCUAAUACAAAUGGGUCACAGUUCUUCAUUACCACAACUCGUACAUCUCAUUUGGAUGGGAAACAUGUUGUGUUUGGGAAGGUUGUUAAAGGAAUGGGUGUUGUUCGUUCAAUUGAGCAUGUUACGACUGGUGAAGGCGAUUAUCCUGCUGUUGAUGUUUUAAUCGCAGACUGUGGGGAGAUUCCUGAGGGGGCGGAUGAUGGCAUCUCCAAUUUUUUCAAAGAUGGUGAUAUAUUUCCUGAUUGGCCGGCUGACCUUAGUGAUAGUCCUAAUGAACUUUCUUGGUGGAUGGAUGCUGUCGAUUCCAUUAAGGGUUUUGGAAAUGAAAGCUAUAAGAAACUAGACUUCAAGAUGGCUCUUAGAAAAUAUCGCAAGGCAUUGCGCUAUUUAGAUAUCUGCUGGGAGAAAGAUGGGAUCGAUGAAGAGAAGAGCUCAUCUCUGAGAAAGACAAAGUCACAGAUUUUCACCAACAGCGCUGCUUGCAAGUUAAAAUUGGGGGAUCUAAAAGGAGCUUUAUUGGACACAGACUUUGCAAUGCGUGAAGGAGAUAAUAAUGUGAAGGCUUUAUUUCGUCAGGGACAGGCACAUAUGCUUCUUAACGACAUUGAUGCUGCUGUUGAAAGCUUUAAGAAGGCAUUGCAGUUGGAGCCAAAUGAUGCUGGAAUUAAAAAGGAGCUUGCAGCUGCUAGGAAGAAGAUUAAUGAUAGACGUGAUCAGGAGAGAAAGCAAUAUCAGAAGAUGUUCCAAUAGCAUUUAAGUGGCUUACUGGCUGCUGGUUUCUUAAAUGAUCAAAAUUCCAGAUUUCUUGUGCUAUUUCUGAGGUUGGUGGACUCAACUGCGUCAAGCCUUUUAUAUUGUAAAACUCUGUUAUUCCGGAGUCAGUCUUAGGUUUUGUUAGGGAGCAGGAGAAUCUUAGCAAACUCAACUGUACAAAUCGGAGGCUUGAACCAAUUCUUAUUAGGAGAGUAAUUUAGAGAAACCUAGAGGUGGCUAAUGUGAACGAAUUGCUAGCUCUUUAAUGGAUAUAUGAUCUUUCAUGUUUCAGGAAAAGUUGGGAAUAAAAUAGACCUUCUUUUUUCUUUUUAAA